UUUUCCAGAUAGGAAAUAGGUUACCCUCAGGUCGAGUUCGACACAGUGAGCUGCUUGUCUUAAACCAUAGCUUCUAAGAAGUCUACGGUGCUGCUUUUCAGUGAACAGCCAUGGCUCUGGGACUGCUUCUUAGGGUUUCCUGCAUUUGUUUUUUGCUGUUUGAUGACAGUGCUGGAUUACCGUCAGUAAGAGGGUAUGGUUAUCCAUAUAAUGCUGACUUGCCUAGCAUGGGUGAUGUAAGAGAAGAUGAAGUGGAGACUGGGCAGGCUUCAGAUGACCAACCAACUGGCCUUGGUUACACAAGCUAUAACACACUUUCAAUUGCACAAUGGCCAGGUUUGGUUCCAUCUCCACAAAACCUGCCCAACAGACCAAGUGCUCCUGCAGCAGACAGACUGGUUAAUGGUUGGUCCAGAUACUUUGGUUUGGAUACCAACCAGGAGACUAAUCCAGCAAAGCCUCAGCCAGGCCCUGCUUCUACAAACAGUCUGCCUCCCUCUCCAGCUGGUGGCUCUUCUCUUUAUGUUAGUCAAACUGCCAACUAUGAGCCCACCCUGUCCACCUCUCAGGCUGUGGAGUUUCCCAGCUUUGACUCUUGGAAGCCUCAGCUAGAUGGCAGUGAUUAUGGUGUGAUUCAAAACUCUGGUUUUGGUUCCCCAAAAUUUAACUCUGACUCCAGUAGAAGUGGUGUGAGUAACAUUCCUCAUCUUGUAUAUGAGGAUGUCUUUCAAUAUCAAUCUGAGGAUAUGAGGCCUUCCAAUACUGCAGGAGGGUAUAGCCAAGUUAAUUACAUGAGCAAGGGCUUAUCAACUGGAGGGGCCCCCAUCAUGCCACAGGAACUAACUAAUGUAGGUUCCCAAAUGGGCUUGAAGGGUUUUUGGCUUCAACAAAAAACAGUUGUAGGCGCUCAAAACGAUGUAGUUAAUCAGGGAGUGAGUAAACUGAUCGUUCCUCCCCCGCCCCCUUCAAGCUAUGGCAACCAGAAAGCCAGGUACAUGCCAGCAUUUCCCUAUCAAAUGCCUGUAGGCUCAAAUGAUGUCCAGAGGCAACCAGCUGCCCCAGAAGAUGUAUAACCCUCAAAGGUAUGUCCACAACUUCAAACUCAAUUCUC